ACUCCCUUAUAUCAUUCUCUUCUUAGCCAUCUCAAAUCUCUCUCUAAUUAAAUGCUCAUGGUUAUGGCUGCUUCUGCUUCUUCUUUGUACGAGGUUCUGGGGAUCUCAAUGAGCGCAAGUGGGCACGAAAUCAAAGCUGCCUACAGGCGGCUAGCCAGAAUGUAUCACCCUGACGUGGUGGCUAUGAGCCAGAAGGAAAUCUCUGCAACCGAGUUUAUCAAAAUUCAUGCUGCUUAUUCUACUCUAUCCGACCCCGAUAAAAGAGCCAACUACGACAGAGACCGCUUCCGGCGGAGACACCCAGUUGGUUUUUCUUCUGCCGCAAUGGCCUCCAUGUCCAGGUUUUCCGGAGGGUACAGUUCCAAGCGAAAUUGGGAGACUGACCAGUGUUGGUAGAUUUAUCAAAAACUGUAAUUCCUGUAACAUGUUAAUUAUUUAGUUGAUUUAGUGUCAAGAUCAGGCUAACUCAAUGCCCUAUUUUUGUGAGGGCUUGUGUUAAGAAGUUUGCAGAGAUCGAUGUUCAUUUUCAAAUUUGAUGUCCUUUGAUUUGGAAAUAUAGGCAUAUAGCUAGAGUUGUAUCAUCUUUUUCUCUUAUUUAUGAGUGGAUAAGUGUUGUUGUGUA